GGGAACUUCAGUGGACUCCGGGGGAUGGUGGAGGACAAGAAGGCCUGGAGGAACGUUGUCCAUGGAGUUGCGAUGGGUCGGACAUGACUGCGUGACUAACAACAACAACAAUAACAUAUUGUUAGAUCUUCCAGAUACUCAUAUUAAAGAUAUUUUCCUUAGCAUGGCCUUCAAAAACCUCCCAUAGUUGCAAACUAUGCAUACAUAGUUGCACACACACAUUUUGUAUUUUUGAAGUCGUAUUAGGUAAGUUAUGUUGCAUAAUUGCAUAGUAAUUUGACAAGCAUUUGCUUCAGUUUCUGGAUAAUGCUAGCUUAUUAUGAAGUAGCUUUGUGCUAGUGCACAUAGCCCAUUUACUUCUGCUUUUCUCCUCCCUGCUUGCCCUCCAAACAAUUCAGGAAUAGUUUAACAUGGGGGACCAGCUAGGGAUUCUGGAUUGUUUCUCUCUUUACAAACCUGGUUGUAAAGAAAACAUUAUUGGUUUGUUAGUUGUCACACUGGGGGAAAAGAACAAAAUAUGAGCAAACUGGUUAUAUGCACUAGUAUGCACCUAAUUUGCUAUAAGCCAGAAUUCUAGUUUCACAUUGUGAGCUAAAGGAACCAAUAAGAAUCUUGAAAGGUUGCUGCUGGCGGUGCUAAAUGUUUGCCAUACCAGUAAGGUAGUGCUGCAGGAGCUGCUGGGACUUCCCAAACAAUUUCAGCUGUUUUUUUUUUUUAAAUAAUAACAUUAACCAUGGGGGUUAUUUUUUAGCAUUCAUUUGGGAAGGUGGUGGUAGCUGAACAGCUGCGAAUUGUGUAUUUUCAUUGCAAGCUGUUGCAGUUGGAGAAUUAUUCUUUCUCUUUAUAUCCAACAAAAGCAGUUUGGUUCUUGAGCACCUAGAUCAAGGUCAUUUAGAACAUCAGUUCCUCAGCAGAUUUUUUUUCUGCUGACCAUAGUGUAACAGUUCAUUUCAAUGAAAGGCAUCUGCAGGCUUAUUUAUACAUUAUCAUAUUCUCAGUUUCAGUUAUCUCCAUUACCAAACUUUCAAGGUGGAUUUUUUUUUGGUAUUUGUAUUUGGUGAUUAUAAAUUUCUUUGACAGAGAGUCAAGUAUUUAGAGUAGGAAUAGGAAUCCAGCCAACAUAGCCAAUUGUGAGGGCUAAUGGGAUUUGUGGUCCUACAGAUUUUUUGACCUACAGUACAAGUUGCUCAUCCUUUAUCUAAAAUAUGAUGAAAGCAACUUAAUUGUCAGCAGUGAAAUGUUUGCGUAUCAACACAAAUGGGGCCUAUACUAUAAUAGUGCAGGGGUAAGCACUCCUUAUUUAUUCCUUUAUUUAUUUCAUUCCCUCUCUGUGGUGCUCCAUAACCUGAAGGUUCUCUGGGUAGCUUACAAAACAUUUAGAGUACAAUUCUGUGCAUAUUCAGACAAAAAUCCUGCAAGCCUGGCAUUCCCUGAGCAACUUGAAUAGCUGGGGCAUGCUGGGAUUGCAGGAUGCCAGAAGGAGUCAUUGCAGGGGGAACAUCCAAAACAAUUUUUUUAAAUUUUCCAAAUGGUGAUUUUUGAGCUCAUAGUUAUGUCAGUUUGAUAACUUCAGGAUAUGUACAUGAAACGGAUAUGUUGAUGUUUGAUAUCACUGUUUAGCUAAUCCAAAUUCAUCUAUAUAAUUGCAGGAUAAUGGUAUAGUCCUUUGAUCAUAUUUUGUUCUUUUUGGAAAUGAAAUAAGCUAAUUGAUGGGUUAAAUCGAACUUAAUGUAUAUCCUUCUGUUUCUGCAUUCCACUGUAGUAUUUUGCUUUCUUGUAUGCAUUGCAGUCAGUUGGCAUGCUUUUUCUGAAAUAAGAUGCCAAACAUAUUUAUUUAUGUGAGCCGUCCUGAGGCCAUAAGUGAUGGGAUAGCAUACAAAAACUCUAAACAAACAAACAAACAAACAAACAAACACUGAAGCAUGAAGCAGUGUACAUUGGCCUGAUAGGAACUGAAGCACUUUUCUGCUCUCAUUGCUACUGCAGCAUCUGCAGUUGUGUUUCCUGCCUGUAAACAAAUGCGAUCUGUUAGGAGAAUGGGAAAUUGUUUAUUUACAGGAUGCUUGCUAUAUAAACGGAAGGAAAAGUUCUUUUACAGGCAUCAGCUCAUUGUGUUUAGGCUGUAUUGCGGGUUAAAUUGAUUUUAGAAUAGUUCAGGGAAAUUAACUGCAAAAAAAUAUGUGCAUCUAUUUUGGGUCCUUAACUCUCUGUAUUAAUGAGUCUAGUCAAAGCAUGUGGAUCUUCUAACUGAAGCACUGCUCGUAAAUGGUGGAGAAUGUUCUGUAAAAUUGCUCCUUACUUUGUGUGAGAGAAUUCUCAGUUUUUCAGAAGAAUCUUAAUUUCAGUUUAGCUUUAGUUUCAACACAUAUACCCCAGUGUCUGAUGUGUGUGUGUAGGGUAGAUGGGAGCACCUGUGGGUCUAAGAAGACCAUUUUACUCUUUCAGUGAUGGUUAACUGCUUUCAUAGCCCAUUUGUGCAGCAAAGAGUCAUACUAUAAGCUUCAAUUCAUAUUUUCAUCUUUCUCCUGCCAGUUUGAGAGUCAACUGGUAAGAGUCUUUGAUAAUUUCAUUUUUAAUUAAAAUACUUAUUUGUAUUCAUUUAGUCAUGACCUAUUUAAUGGCAGGUGUUCUUAUUCACCUUCAUUUCCCAACUUUUCUAAUAAGGAUGUCAUGAAAUACUGAUCUCAGACUUUAGUAUCAUCAAAAUAUAUACUGCACAAAGACAAUUGAUUACCUUGGUUUAAAAAGGCUCUUCUUUGAUUCAGAUUGUUGGAAGUUAACUAAAAUAGCCCCUAUUAUUUCAGUCAUCUUUAUUACAUAUACAGUUUUCAGAUAUUUAAUAUACAUUUAGUAUGUAUUUAAUAGAACAAUCUUGUGCAUAUUAGACAGAGCCUAGGUGUCUGUAAGAUUUUGGGGAGACCCAGGUACGAGGUUAGGAAAGUUCUCCAACCUCAUCAUGCCUGGGAGUCUGAACAAGGAGCACCCUCCAUCUCUCACAACUGGCACAGAAAACUGUGUUGUCUGCAUAACGACCUCAAGAGAUAGAUAUUCUUGGGAGAGGGGAGGGUGAAGUAUAUUGACAGUGCCUCAGCCCCCUUCCCUUGUGCUCUGAGGUGUGACACUUAGAUGGCCAAUUUGACCCGUGUAAGCAUUUUGCAAGGUGGGACAAACAUGGAGGAGACUCACAUCUAUGUUCCUUCCACUCUCCAUAGAAUGCCCAUAAUUCUUAAAGUUUGGAGGGCUAUGGGCAUCCAGAUUGGAUUGUGCACUAAGAUUCAUUGCUUCAUUAAAUCAAUUUUUAAAAGUUCAUAUUAUUAUGGCAGUUUUUAAAAGGGAAGAUCAUAUUUUCUUAUUACAUAUCUUCUAGUUUAACAGCCUUACUUAGCAAGUCUUUCUCUGUGUGUAUAGAGUCAGAAUCCUCAAAUGUGAUCAUAGCCUUUUAUACCCAAAGGGCAAGGUAAAGCUUUAUGCUUGUUAAAAUCUAAUUCGGCAGCUUGCCUUUUUCAUACAACUUGUAAAUGUCCUAGCACGGUAGCUUUAUGAGGCAGAAUUGCCAAAUCUCAUAAUGUUAAACAAUUAUUACAUUUCAGGCAUGAUAGUUAAGGAACCAGUAGGCAUUUUUUGAUAUAUUGAGAGUUGUGCAUUUUGAUAAAUUGCUGAUAAUGCAAGAAAACUAAUGCGACACAAAGUGAAAGAAACGCCAGUAUAUUGAAACUGCUUUCUUUAUUUUUUCAAACUGCUAAUCAAGCUGCUUAAAUAGUAUGAAACUCCUCACCCAAGUAUUAGUAUUUGUUAGGAAAGAACUUAAUAUUAGUUGUGAAAGAAAUAGGUGUCAUAGUCAACUUGGGGUUUUGGUUUUUUGUUUUGGUUCCUUACUUGAAUGCCCUUGAAUUCUAAAUCCAGCAUCACAAAUUGUUCUAUAACUCUGACAUACUGCCCAAGUUAAGUAGUAUUUCAUGCUUUCUACACAUAAGAUCUGAUUAUUACCAUCUGGUCAUCACAAUUUCUAUGCAGUACUGUAGAGAAUUCUCUGCUAAUUCAAGUCUAAAUUUCAGCAUUCAGUUCUGGAUAUACAAGGUUUAAAGCUGAGUGUUAUUGUCUGUACCUACAGGAGCUGUUCAGCAAUAUCAUGAAACAGAGCGAUUAAGGCCUAAUUCUAUGUACAACUAAUAUGAGUCUUGCUGCAGUUCUGUGCCCACGAUAGUCUAGACAGCUGUAUAAUAAUUUAGAGUCUCCACUCCAUUCUUAGAAACUUGCACCAGGAUUGAAGAUAAGACUCUGAACCUGGAGUGCCAUCCUCCUGCCCUUGCAGAUUUGCAAUGGCUGUAGCUCUGAGGCUUUAAGAAUAACCUUGGAAAUGGGCUUUUGGGGGUGGGAGAGAGUAAAUGGGCACUGGCAGCAUGUGCAGUAUCUUAGUGGCAGCUUAUCCCCCUUUCACUGUGAAGUACUUCACUUAGGAAAUCUGGAAAAAUUGUCCAUUUUCACAAAGUCACGAGGUAAUGUGAAACAACGGAAUAUGCCUGCUGUGUUGGUUGCUGGUAUUGCCUUGUUGCUUCAUGCAGGAAUUGGGAUAGAUAUAUAAAAAAGCUCGGUAUGGGCAUCCUGUUAAGGUGCCCCAAAUGUCCAAACUUAGAUUUGUGUGACCUCCUGAGGCACUUGCAGUAAAACUAUGAGAAAUUGGGCAGAACAUUGUGCUCACAUGCCAAAGCAGGACUAAAAAUAAGACAAUUUUCACUCUUGCUGAGAGUGUAUGUAUAGGGACACUAGGAGGAAAGCUAGGUAGAUGAAGAAGGAAGGAGAUGCAUAUACAGUAAAGGUAGAAAGAGCUGAAGUUGGCUGUGGGCAUAAGUUGCUGUGAAGGGUCAGGUCAUUUAGGAAAUGGGUGGAAGGGUGGCCUCUGACUAGUGAACUUUCUAGGAUAAGAGAUAGAUGACAGACACGCCAAUUUUGAAACACAUACCAUUCUUAGAAAGAAGGAGUAAUAAACCUGAUGAGGGCUACAUUCCAUUUCAGAGAAGCUCUUCAAGAUCGCUUUCUAGAAUUUAUUUAUUUAUUUAUUUAUUUAUUUAUUAAUUAAUUAAAACAUUUUUAUGCCGCCCCAUUCGCCGAAGCCUCGGGGCGGCUUACAACAAUAAAUUAAAACAUCAUAAACAUCAUGGGAUGUUUAUGGGACUGAAACAAAGGCAGCUGGGCCAAAGGCAAAAAAGAUAGGCCCCAACAAGACACCCCCUGCAGCAUAUUUUCAUUUAAAGGGUUUACUGCCAUAACUUAGUGUUAAAUUUCAGUGUUUUAGACUGCAGAAAAAAAAUCGCAAACCUGGAAAACAAUCAAAUGGUUGGUUGUUGAGGGAAAGGGGUUAGGGCCAGGAAAAUUUAUUCAUUUAUUUAAAACAUUUCUAUGCCACCCCCAUUGCAACAAAGCCUCGGGGCGGCUCACAAAUAAAAAAAUAGCUGUAGGAUUGUUGUAAGGGUAGCAUCAAGGUAAAGUGUGAGUAUACAGAGUUAUGAGCAGGUCAGUUUCCUCAUUUCCUGCUUUUCAGGAAACCUUAAGAAGUAUAAGGGUUUUUUUAAUUGAAAUGUAACUGGGUGCAGUACAAUAGCAAUUAGAGUAGCAAUCUCUGAGUUUUUGGAGAAGAUUCUACCCUCUACCUAUUUACAGAAUAGCUUAGCUGAAACUUCCCCUCCCUUUCAGCAAAGCUUCUGGCUCUUCCCUAAGGAUGGCUCCUUAGGAUGCUACCUGUGACAUGCUAACAUUUUCAGAGGGGCAUAGGUUUAUUUGGCCCAGCCCUGAGAUCUUACAGCUAGGAGUCCAAAGGUUGAGCCCCCUACCCCCACCCUUUGCAGUUGGUGUGGCAAGAAAAAAGUAUGUCUCAGAGGGGGAAAAGGUCAGGCUGAGACUGAGGAGUGGAAGAGUCAGUGACCUGGGACACACCCUGAUAUCUGUCAGUGUCUCAGGCCCCUACCUUUCACUGUUCCCAUGCUUUAUCUGAAUAGCCAUAAACAAUCAUUUAUAUAAAAAUUAGUGUAUCACUGCUGUCAAACCUUGUUCAGGCCAUAGGAUGCACAUAAAUCUCAAAGGCUUAUGUGUAUUGAGGGCAGCAGCUUCACCCUAAGUUGAAGGUUUGCUAGUGAUUAUUGCUUAAAUGAAAAAUAAGAUUCCAAACCCUCCUGAUAAUUAACCACCAAGGAUCCAGACAGUUGAAGUUGUAAGGUCUAAAUGCAAACGCUAGCAUUAAUAUCCCAGGUGUCUGCCUUUGUGAGGGCGGGGCAGGGGGAAGCUUGGGACUAGCUAGUCCCAGUGUCUGACUUGACAGUUGAUUGGACAUUAGUCUGGUGGGAUGGUAAUAGGAAUUGUUGCUUUGCUUCAAAUCUGCCUUUGAAAAAAUGUAGUGACACAAAAAUUUUGGAAAUAUACCUUUAGUAUUAUUUUGGAUCAUUAUAGCCAAGAGUGCUAAAUAAAAGUGGUUUUGCAUGUCAAGAGAAAUGUAGACAUUUCAUAGAAAAAUCUCUUCCCCCAUUUUUGGAUUAGAACGUUAAAAUAUAUUUAACAUUCCCCGGUCCCAGGUUACAAACAAGUUGCAUUCCUGAGAAAAUGGAAAAUUGUCCUUAAGUUGAAUUUGUAUGUAAAUUGGAUUGAAUCACAUACAGUCAGCCCUUCACAUUCACAGGGAUUAGGGCCGCAGGACCCCAUGAAAGUAGGAAAAACUGAAUAUCUGUAUUUUCCCCAUGCAAGCUUACCAUUUCCUCUUCUUUGCAAGUAAAUAACAGAGAGAUUUCCCUCUCUGGAUCAGUGAGACAGGAGGGCAUGCUUUAGAGGUUUCCCUUUCUAUCCUUUCACUUCUCUCUUUGUGGUGAUGGUCACUUCCUCUCUACAAGAUGACGAUUUUCCACAUUUUUUUUGAAUUAAAAAGCUUUAUAGCAAUUUUGUUCAUAACUAUGUGUUGUUCAUAACUAGGGAAUUUGUAACUCAGGGACUGGUGGGAUUCUCUUGCUGCUACUUUUUCAGCAACCUUUUAUUUGUAAUUUCUGAGGUUAUACUGGGCUUUAGACUUGUUUCCAAACAAAUGAUAUCCAGUGAAGCAGAUAAACUAAUGUCAUGGUCUAGUCCUUCAUCUGGUGUUUGCUAAUUAUUAGAUUGCAUUUGGCAGUUGGUAGUUUUGUCUGGAGAGGCAUUGAAGUGUAGAUUAUAGAGCAGCUGUAUAUUUCUCAGCUAAGUCUUAUGAGCAAUCAAUUUAUACCAUUCUAUAUUUAGCUAGAUAAUCUUGGAUCUGGAUUACAUGCUAAUACAAUUUGACAUGUAGUGAAUGUGUGCUAAUACUGUGCAAUAUAACUCUGGAGCAUUUAUUUCAUUUUCAUUUUCUGUCAGUCUGAAAAAUAAUUUUAUUAUAAAAGUAACUUAUUAUGAUAACUCUAUUUUAAUUGAGAUAUAAUAGAAAGGGAGGAAAAGUCAGGGAGGAAACAGUUAUAUGCCUCUUUGACAUUGUAUAUGGAGCAUAGGAUAGUUCAGACUCCUAGCUCUGAGGUCGGAGACUGUGCUAUGACCUCAGAGCUGGGAAUCAAAGUUCGAUCUCUCUCCUGCAACUGCUCAUAGCUGGCAUGGAAAGAACUGUGCUAAUUGCUUGGGAAAGUGGAUUGAGAAUGCAGCUUUCAAAAAGGGCACAAGGGAGUGUUUUAGGUGAGGAGAAGAGACUGGGGGUGCCAGGAUAUGACAAUAUGAACUUCAGGAUAACCUGAAGUUUCUCCAUACUCUUUAGCUACCCUUCCAAAACACCUCUGCUAGAUUGCUACAAACAUCUAUGUUAGAAAAAUGCAGAGCAGAAGGAGCCGGGAGGUGACCAUUUGGGCAGCUGGGCGGGAGUUGGGUAUUCCUUGUCUGUUUUUAGCUGUUUUAAAUGUUAGAUUUUUUUCUGAUUUUACUCCCGAGGAUGGUGGAGGGCAGGAAGGCCUGGAGGAAUGCUGUCCAUGGGGUCGCGAUGGGUCGGACAUGACUUCGCGACUAACAACAACAACAACAUUGUACUUUUAUCAUCCAUUUUUGUGGAUUGUGCAAACUUCUCAGAGAUCUUUGGCUGUGGGGUGGUAUUGAAAUGAAAAAUCAAUCAAUCCUUCUACUCUGCACUGGAUCAGUAUUACCUUCUGAGUGUGAAGAUUUCUGCUCCUCUCAAUAAGAUUGCACUAUAAGGUGGAGAAUCUGGGUAGUAUUCAGCUCUGCCAGUUUUCAGUGUAGGAAAUCAGGUAUGAUGAUACCAAGUUCCACGUUUCACCAUUGGCUGGCAGCUGCCAAUGGAUGAAUUUGAUUAUAUAUUACAGGGCAGAGAAGAGAAAUAAAUGCAUUAUUGCUAAUAAAAUUGCAGCCUCACACUUUCUUGGUUUGCCAGGUAUGAAAGGAAUUGGUAUGCGAAUCAUUUGCACUGAUGCAUCCACACUUGCUCAUGUACACACCCCAGUGAAAAACAGUAGGAAUGGGAGAGAGCCUUGGGCAUUAGAUAACGAUGUUUUCCUUGUUAAAUAGGCUCAUCUUUAAUAUUCAGCAAACUUCUACUAUAUGAUAAUUUACAAUAGGAAACACUAUAUUUCAGUGGUGAAGCAAAUAGUUUGCAUUUGAUAGGUCCCAGGUUCAGUUCCUGGCAUCUCCAGUCUGGAAACGGAAGAGAUGUAGUAUCAUCUAUGCUGCUAGUAAGUGUGGGCACAUCUAAAUUAGAUGAGCUAAUUAUCUGAUUUUAUGAGGUGGCUCCUAUGUAGCUCAGAACACUGAGUAUCACUCUUCUAGGUUCUGCCGUAGCUGGGUAAGGUGUCCUUGCACAGAUGGAAACAAUGACAUGAAACUUCUUAAGCCUAAUUUGGGCUUGAGUAAAUGCUUGGCCAUUGCAUCCACUAGGUUGAGGUGCUUAGAGUUGCAGCAUACUGUAGCUGCCCUUGCAGCUACUCAUAUGAAAGGAUGCAUCAUAUAGGGACACUAUUUCUAUGAAUGCUUUUCCAUUAAAUGUGUGUACAUGUUUUGAACAAAACUAUUAUUGCAACUCCCUGUUCUGGCCAUGAAGUUGUCUGCCCCAGGACUAGCAGCCAAAUCUCUGACAUGAAACUCUAGCCAGGUUGGUUGUGUUGCACCAGGUGCAACUCCUUUUGUUUUUAAUAGAACAUAGUGCUUCUUGUUUUCUUUGUGGAUCCCAUGAACUCUAAAAUUAGCAAUGGGAACAAAAGCAAAUUUCCAGUGGAUACACAAAUACAUAGAAACAUGUGGGAGAUGAUUAGUGUAACCUAUUCAAAAAGAUUGUUUUAGAGUAAUUAGAACUUAUUAAGAAAUGGACUGUUGAUGCCUCAACCAAUUAACAGGGCAGUAGGCCUGGAGGAAUGUUGUCCAUGGGGUCGCGUUGGGUUGGACACAACUUCGUGACUAACAACAGCAUGCAUACAGUCUUGAAGCAUAAAGCUAUGUGGACUCAUUGUCAUUCAGCAGAGAUUUAUAAUUUAUUGAAAGUAAGUUCAAUACUUUUAUUUUUUGUUUUUGUUAGAGUGGUUAACCUGCCAAAUCUUCUGAGGAUUAUGCACAACUUCUUUUGAUGUUAAAGAAGGUACUUUCAUAGUAUGAAAGAGAAGAGCUAUAUCUUUUGGUUCAGGUAGCUAGAACUUAUCUACUUGAAUUUUGUGUUUAACAAAACUGUAAUUUGAAGAUUCAUGAUUCACAACAAAACAUUCUUUUUGAAGCAUUGCAACAUCAUUUUUAUAGUUUCCCAUCCUUCCUUUUUCACUUGAAGAAAUAGACAUAAAUGAACCCAGAAGCAAAGAAAAUGAUAGAAUCAAAAUUUAUGAGUUUUUGUCAUCUUUAACAGCUGACUAUUAAGUCCCUCUUCAUAAUUACCUGUUAAGAUUAUAGUGUAAUCUUAUUUAAAUUUGAUUUAUUAUUUGAGCCAUCUGUUCAUAAAAUAGAUUCAUUUUUAUUGAACCAUGUUCUAUAAUUCUUUUUCAAUUGCAAUACUUAUAAAGGCUCAACUAGUUAGUCCUACUUUUAUAAAAAGCAUAUACUUUUAGAAACAUUGUACUUGAACAUUAUCUGCCAAUUAAUGUAAUAAUAAAGUUACUGAUACAAAAUUCAGAAUAAAUCUAUUUUUCAAGGCAUUGUACUUGUGCCUACCACAUAUUUGAUUGAUAUUUUAAUAAGCAUUAUGUAUAGGGAGAUUUGGAAAUAACACUUGAAAAAUUAUUGACUCAUUUCUUGCAAGAUUGCAGGGUUCUGAGUGCUUUCUGUUCUGUCAUCAUGAUCUGACCUCCAGAAAAUUACAUUCUUUAGUUUGAUUAUAAUUAGCCUCAAUAAAUUAGAGGGAAUGCAGUAUUUUCCAAGCUUCUCACUAGUUGUAGAACUGAGCUUGCUCAUCUUUCUAUACAAACUCAGACCUCUGUUCUCCACCUCUACAUAAAUUGGGGCAAUGGAAUGCCAACUCAGUUAGUGUGUAUAGGUAUCUAGAAAAAUCACUUCCCACUUUUCAGUCAAGUGUUCUUUAAGGCAGCUUAAAAUAGUGUGCAAUAACACACCCCAAACCAACACAAUUCAUAAAUGUUUAAUCAGUUUCUUUCCCUUCAGUUCUGCAGUCCCAGUGCAACUAGCAGUUGGUGCCAAAUGUCCUUUCUGAUGGGGAAAGCCUAUGCUCUUUUGAAGCUACUACUCCUUUGUGCCAUGGAUGGGCAAGGUUCAUUUUCCCUUUAUUAUGAUAUUUUUCAAGUGCAAAUUGUUCCAGUGGCCUUCAAACCUCUGGCCAAUGGAGUGUGUUUCCUUUUAGUUUUCUAGUACUAGGACAACCCAAACAGUGUUUCAACUUACUUUGCUAUGCUCUGGAAAUUGCAAAUGAUGUGUGAUCCAGUUUAAUUCUAGCUAUACAUAUGCUGUGGGGAUCAAUGGACUAAUCUUUUUUUUUAUUAUCUUUCUAUACUUUCCAAUUCUCUGGGCAGUUGAUGGUGAUGGUGAUUUCAUUUUUAUACUGCUGCAUAGACAAAGCAGGAUUACUUGGUUACCACAACUAGAAAAUAACAGUAUUGUGGCAUACUGAAAUAGAAGUUAAUUGUCUAUACCUGUCUGUAAUUUCGAAUGUGUGUUGUGUUGUAUCAGAAAUACAUCCUAAUGUAGUUCUUGUGUGUGUUUUUUUUGUUGUAUAAAUGCUUUUCUUGUGGGCUAGUUCUAGUCUGAUGUUGAUAAUCUUCUGUGCUCAUUUAAGAUUAUAGUCUUGACAUGUUGGAUAUAAUGUAUACUGAUUGUCUUCAUUCUUUUAAUGUACAGGUACAUGGAAUAAAAAGUGAACCAAUACCCAAUUUUUUCUUGGUCUGAAGUUAUGAAAUGUAGACCCAGAACUGAAUUCUGCCUAACUAGCCUCUGCAAAGGCAAUCUGAAAUAGCUACAUACAUACACUGUAGCUAUUAUCCUUCAUUUUAUAAAAAAAUGGAAAUGUUAGACCAACAGCACUAUUAAAAAAGAUAAGGGUACCCAUUCCCUUACCAUUAUUUGGAUAUGAGUGAUCAGAAGUCUUCACAGGAAGAAAAGCACAAAUCUAGUAGAGCUUCCUCAAAAUUCAAGGAAUCAACAAGAAUUAUGCAGUCUGAUGACUACUUUGCCAGAAAAUUCAAGGCUUUAAAUGGUAAUAUGGUCCCUCCUGCUUCUCUAAGUGGAACCAACAAAGGUGAAAAUAGUAACCCAGCCAAUGGAACUCCAGCUAUGCCUAAAAUGGGAGUACGAGCCAGAGUAUCUGAAUGGCCACCCAAAAAAGAUUAUGUUAAGGAAGUAAGCAAAACUACAUGGGAAAGUAGACCUCAGACCAGUUAUGAGAGUGCUGGGUCAGUAAAUGGUGAUCAGAAUGAAGGGCAGCAAAAAGAGCAUCUUGACUUGGAGUUUGCUGAGGCCAAAUAUCCAUUGGGAGACAUAUUUAUCCAUUCUCCUCACAGGGGUCUUCACCCUAUAAGACAAAGAAGUAACAGCGAUGUUACAAUCAGCGACAUUGACACAGAGGAUGUCCUGGACCAGAAUGCUGUUAACCCAAAUACAGGAGCAGCUCUUCAUAGGGAAUAUGGAAGUACUUCAUCAAUUGACAGACAGGGUUUGUCUGGUGAGAAUUUUUUUGCAAUGCUUCGAGGCUACAGAGUGGAGAACUUUGAACAAAAAACACACGUACCAUUUGGAUUUACUGAAUUUUUCCACUGUGACCGCACAAUUUCUCCAAGUCUCCAUGCUGCUGCACAGAUUUCUAGAGGAGAAUUUGUCAGAAUUUCUGGAUUGGACUACAUGGAUAGUGCCCUGCUUUUUGGUAGAGAUCGGGACAAAUCCUUCAAAUGGCGGCUGAAGUCAGAAUCUGUAGAAACAUCUCUCUUCAGAAAAUUGAGAACUGUUAAAAGUGAACAUGAAACUCUGAAAUUCUCAUGUGAAGUAGAGGAUAGUAGACUCGAUAAAAAUGUUCACCCUUGGAAUUGUCAAAAGUGUUUUGCACAUUAUGAUGUACAGAGCAUUCUAUUUAACAUAAAUGAAGCAAUGGCUACCAGAAUUAAUGUGGGGAAAAGAAAGAAUAUAACUACAGGGGCUUCUGCUGCAUCACAAAGUCCAAUGGUAGCUGGUCAGAUUGGAAGCUGUGAAUCUCCUUUGGGAAGUAAAGAGGAUCUCAAUUCAAAAGAGAAUCUAGAUGCUGAUGAAGGUGAUGGGAAAAGCAAUGAUCUAGUGCUCAGUUGCCCUUAUUUCAGGAACGAAAUUGGUGGGGAAGGUGACAGGCGGAUUGCACUUUCUAGAGCAAACUCAGCAUCUUUUUCCUCAGGAGAUAGCUGCUCCUUUGAAUCCUCACUAAGUUCACAUUGCACAAAUGCAGGUGUUUCUGUAUUGGAAGUACCCAGAGAGAAUCAACCAAUUCACAGGGAAAAAGUAAAACGUUAUAUCAUCGAGCACAUUGAUCUUGGUGCAUAUUACUAUAGAAAGUUCUUCUAUGGAAAAGAACAUCAAAACUACUUUGGAACUGAUGAAAAUUUAGGACCAGUAGCAGUCAGCAUCCGAAGGGAGAAGUUAGAAGAUACAAAGGAAAAAGAAGGUUCACAGUUCAACUAUCGUGUAGUGUUCAGAACAAGUGAGCUUACAACAUUGCGAGGAGCCAUUUUAGAAGACGCCAUCCCCUCUACUGCUAGACACGGCACAGCACGUGGUUUGCCUCUUAAAGAAGUAUUUGAAUAUGUAAUACCAGAACUGAGCAUUCAGUGCCUGAGGCAAGCUUCCAACUCACCCAAAGUGUCUGAACAACUGCUUAAAUUGGAUGAACAAGGGUUGAGUUUUCAGCACAAGAUUGGGAUCCUGUAUUGCAAAGCAGGCCAAAGUACUGAAGAAGAGAUGUAUAAUAAUGAGACAGCUGGACCUGCUUUUGAAGAAUUCCUUGACCUUCUAGGUCAAAGAGUGUGGCUGAAAGGCUUCAAUAAAUACCGAGCUCAACUAGACAAUAAAACUGAUUCAACUGGAACUCAUUCUCUUUAUACUACCUACAAAGACUAUGAAAUAAUGUUUCAUGUUUCAACUAUGCUUCCAUAUAUGCCUAGUAAUAGGCAACAGGAAAUAACUACGCCCUGCUUGGUCACUGAUCAGGACAACCCUCUAGUUUUAGAGCCAGCAGGAGAUCCAAACACUAAGCUUCUAAGGAAAAGGCACAUAGGAAAUGACAUUGUUACCAUUGUCUUUCAAGAGCCUGGAGCACUUCCUUUUACUCCAAAAAAUAUCCGUUCUCAUUUCCAACAUGUAUUUGUAAUUGUUAAAGUCCACAACCCUUGCACGGAAAAUGUGUGUUAUAGUGUUGGAGUGUCAAGAUCAAAAGAUGUACCACCAUUUGGGCCACCAAUACCAAAAGGAGUGACUUUCCCCAAAUCAGCAGUUUUUCGGGACUUCCUUUUGGCCAAAGUUAUUAAUGCAGAAAAUGCAGCGCACAAAUCAGAAAAAUUUCGAGCCAUGGCAACCAGAACACGUCAAGAGUACUUGAAAGAUCUAGCAGAAAAUUUUGUCACCACAGCUACAGUAGAUACUUCAGUGAAAUUUAGUUUUAUUACACUGGGGGCAAAGAAAAAGGAGAGAGUUAAACCAAGAAAGGAUGCCCAUUUAUUCAGUGUUGGUGCCGUGAUAUGGAAUGUGAUAGCACGAGACUUUGGUCAGUCUCUCGACAUUGAAUGCCUCCUUGGUAUCUCAAAUGAGUUUAUUGUGUUGAUUGAAAAGGAAUCAAAAAAUGUUGUGUUUAACUGCUCCUGCAGAGAUGUUAUUGGAUGGACAUCAGGGUUAAUGAGUGUAAAAGUCUUCUAUGAAAGAGGAGAAUGUAUUCUUCUGUCUGCACUUGAUAACUGUGCUGAUGACAUCAGAGAAAUCGUUCAAAGAUUAGAAAUAGUAACCAGAGGAUGUGAAACAACUGAGAUGACCCUGAGAAGAAAUGGCUUGGGACAGCUUGGAUUCCACGUUAACUUUGAAGGGAUUGUGGCAGACGUGGAACCAUUUGGUUUUGCAUGGAAAGCAGGCUUACGUCAAGGUAGCCGCCUUGUGGAGAUCUGUAAAGUAGCUGUAGCGACUCUGAGUCAUGAACAAAUGAUAGACCUGCUACGUACUUCUGUGACUGUAAAGGUGGUGAUUAUCCAGCCACAUGAAGAUGGUUCACCUAGAAGGGGUUGCUCAGAACUGUGUCGAAUUCCCAUGGUAGAGUACAAACUUGACAGUGAAGGCACCCCAUGUGAGUAUAAAACCCCUUUCAGGAGGAAUACCACUUGGCAUCGGGUGCCAACUCCUGCUGGGCAGCCUCUCUCUCGUGCCUCUCCAAUCCUAGGAACAUCUGAUAGAUUGCAGUGCCAGCAGCUUCUCCAGCAGGCGCAAACAGCCAUUCCUCGCAGUACCUCAUUUGACAGGAAGCUGCCAGAUGGUGCAAGUCAAUAUUUCAGAAGUUCACCAAGCAACCAAUCAUCCUCCAGUGACCCAGGACCAAGUGGGAGUAGUCAGUGGAGGCAUCAAGCUGGAUAUGACGGGUGCCAGUCCCCUUUACUUCAUGACCAACAAGGUUCUGGUCCAUUGGAGAGUGAAGGUGGCAGAGAACAUGAAGACUCUUUGGAAGGAACCAGGCAUUCAAGUGAAACCAAGUGGCAUGCACCAUCAACCAAAGUCCUGAGUUCCUAUAAAGACCGGGCUUUACAGAAAGAGAACAGUGGCAAGGAUUCACCAAACAAAUUUUCUCAUAUUGGAGACAAAACCUGUUCCAGCCAUUCCAGCAGUAAUACCUUGUCCAGUAAUACAUCCAGCAACAGUGAUGAUAAGCAUUUUGGCUCUGAAGACCUAAUGGAUACUGACUUACUUGGAUUAACAUAUAUUAAAGGGGCUUCUACUGACAGUGGGAUUGAUACUACUCCUUGUAUGCCUGCCCCAAUUUUGGUCCCUUUGCACCUUGCUGGAAGCCGGUCAGGGAUGCAUAGUCGGACUGAUCAGUGGGCUGAAACCACUGAAACUUCUGGACCAGAUGAAGAUACUAAAAUGUAUGCUGUUCACAGCUAUGCAUCUGCCAUUUCUAGCAGCCAUACAGGUGAUGGCAGCAUGGCUGACCUUAGUGAAAUAUCUUCACAUUCCAGUGGGUCACAUCAUUCAGGAAGUCCUUCAGCACAUGGUCAUAAAAGCAGUGGUUCAUUAGAUACCUCCAAAGUGUACAUAGUGUCACAAGGCCAGCCAAUACCUGGGUCAGUGACAAAAUGCUACCCUCGCCAAGGAGCAAUAAGCAAAUAUGUCAUUGGCUGGAAAAAGCUUGAAGGCAGCCCCACACCUGAGGAAUCUGAAGCCUCUGAAUGCCAAGAAAUGUAUAAUGAUGUCGAUGGCCUAACUUCAAGUCGGCUUCAAGACUCGGGACGGAAUACAGUUUUGGAAAAUCAGCGAGUCUUAUCAAAAGAAGAGUUUCUGAAGUUGAUGAUGCCAGACAGCAUCUCUGUGGAGGAAGGCAGAAGAAAGUUUUCAUUUUAUGGCAACCUGUCUCCAAGGCGGACACUGUAUCGCACUCUUUCUGAUGAGAGUAUAUGCAGCAAUCGGAGAGGAUCCUCAUAUGCUAGCUCACGGAGUUCAAUGCUAGACCAAGCUUUGCCAAAUGAUAUUUUAUUCAGCACUACACCUCCUUAUCACAGCACUUUACCUCCUAGAACAAGCUUAACCAGUGGAACUGGAAACCUAAGACAUGAGUUGUGGUUCUCAGAUGGAUCUUUAUCUGACAAAUCAAGAUUCAAUGAUCCUGGUUUGAUGCCUCUUCCAGAUACAGCAACAGGAUUAGACUGGUCUAACCUGGUUGAUGCUGCCCAAGCAUUUGAAGAUCAAAGGGUGGCAUCAUUUUGCACCCUGAAUGACAUGCAGCAUGUACAAGGUUUAGAGGAAAAUCAGGCCUUGGGUGCAAGUCCAACCAAUGGAAAAGAUUUCAUCGACGCUACUGGGGAGGAUAGCCCUACUACCUUGACUGGAAAAGUAAACCAGCUGGAAGUGAUCCUCCGACAAUUGCAAACUGAUCUUCGGAAGGAAAAACAAGACAAAGCUGUUCUCCAAGCUGAAGUCCAACAUUUGAGACAAGAUAACAUGAGACUUCAGGAAGAAUCACAAACAGCUGCUGCUCAACUAAGGAAAUUUACAGAAUGGUUUUUCAAUACAAUAGAUAAGAAAUCCUAACAUGAGUUCAGAAAAAGCACUAUUCAAGCCAGAUAAGACCAAUUACCUUGCGUUAACCUAAUAUAAUUUCAGUGUGUUCACAAUCCAUUUUACAUUUUCUGUUAUAAUCUAUGCCAAGCCCUGUUCAUUUGAACAAGGUAAUGAACUAUUAGAAAUUACCUUAAUGUUCAUUUGAAGGCAACCAAGACUUAAUGGCAGAUAUUUGUUUUUGUGGAAAUGAAUGUACAAUUCCUGGUGUCAUUUUAGACAUUUUAAAAUAUACUUCUGGCUUGGGCUUACCUGGACAAGAAUAAGUUGGGGUUUAUCUUCUGUUCUUCAGAUUUUCCAUUCAAGAUGCUAAAGCAAUUUAUGGUAGCUUGGGUUUCAGUAUUGUAAGAUAAAAAAAUAGACAUAUACUUUCAUGGUCAAAGGUGCUCUAUUUUUUGUAUGUAUAGUAGAUAUUUCCACAGUCACAUUGUCAUAGCAAUAAGAAUUGAAGUAGAAUGAAAUAGUCACAAACUGUGUUUUAAAUAUUUAGCACUGAUGAGUUUAACGCUAGUUUGGAUGCAGAUAUACUAGGGAUUAUUUAUUUGCAGGAAAAAUGGUGCCUGAAUUUAAACAGUGUUCUGAUUUUUCUAAUGAUACACAUGCCUUGUACAUGGCUCACCUGAUCAGUUCACUCACUGUCAGUGACUUUUGUAUAGUUCAUGUUCAGCUAAGAUGGUUAAAGUUCCUAACUACUGAAAUCAUAUGUGGUGAGAGCCAGCCUAUCAUUUGUAUAAUGCCAGAUUUGUUUAUCUUUGUACAGAAGCUUUGAGCAAGUGACUUGUAUUUAACACCUUUAUUUAAGCUUAUUUAACCUGUUAAUUUUAUAAAGUUUUUGUUUUAUCUGCACUAUGGUGAGGAUAGUGAGUUGCAGGCUACAAUGUUAGCUUGCCAAAACAGCACUGCAGAGUUUUAGAAAAGUCUAACAAUUGGAUGCUGCUAGUACACAGUUUGUGUUUGUAUGCUUUAACAUUUUUAACCGUUUCAUUUGAAAUGAACAUACAUUUUGCUUUUUUAAUAAAUGUUAAAAAUAUCUACCACAAA